GCCGCCGCCGCCGCCGCGGGCGAGCGGGACGCGCGGGUGCGGUGCUGCUCGCGGCGCGCCGUGGGCGAGGUGGUGGCGCUGUGCGCGCCCUUCGUGCGGGCGCUGGCCCGCGGGCUGCCCGGCGGCGACGCGCUCUGGAACUUCGAAACAGCAGUGCAGGAGAACAUCACCAUUAACGGGCAGCCCUGGGAGGAGACCUCGGAUGACUCUGAGCUGCAAAGCGGGACAAACAUCAAAAUUCUUGAAGAUCAGUUUGAUGAACUUAUUGUAGAGACAACAACAAAACGUAAACAGUGGCCUAAAAAGGUACUCAUGCAUGCUAUCCAAACCAUGAAAGGGGAGCAAGAGAUGUUGAAGCUCUACCAGCCUGUUGUAACACCAGAAGAGAUAAGAUCACAACCUUCUCAAGAUGCUUACAUGGCAGAGCUGAAGCAGCUGGCGGAAAUGGCAUCCAAACAGAUCAGUGGCGUAAUGAAGUCUCUCCCAGCACUAAUAGAAAGAGCAGAAGGUUUUUCCCAAGCAUUAACUUGGCAACCAACCUUGGAACUCUGCAAGCUGCGGCAAGAAGUCUUUGCUGGUUGUAAAGCGAAGGAGGAAAAUAACAUCCAAAACUUCAUAUCACCAGUAGAAAUCACACCAACAGACACUGAUACCAGUAAAAAUACUUAUCUUUUCUUGAAAAGAAAGAGAACUGCAAAUUCACCACAAGCAAGACGCUAUCCACUGCGCCGGAGGAAAAUUACUCUCAGCACAUGAAUUUUGCAUUUAGUGUAUUCAGAUUUGAAACUCAAUUGUACUGUGUUUUUUGUUUUUUUUUUUUUUUUUUUAAUCAUCCCCUCUAAUUCUGUGCUGUACCUGGGAACCUUCUUAAUUAUUUAGUCUUUGGUCUUUUUAAAUAUUUCUCACUGUUAAACUGCUAGUACAUGAAAGCCUAAAUCUGUCAGUAGCACCUAUCCAGCAGGUGUAUUUACUGAUUAACUCUCACCUCUUGCUCUUCUGUUUCAGGACUCCAGUAGAGGUUCUGAUGCUUCAAAAAGUUGUGCACGUGCUUUGUUUAUGUGGACAGUCUUUUUGUAGCCUAUGGACUGCUCAUUUACAUUAAGCAUGUGUCUAAAGAGUUUGAGGAGAACCUAGUUUUCCAAAUGACACCUUCAUCUAUACUCAUUUGGGUGACUAUUUUCUUUAUUAAGUGAAUAGAAAAGAAUUUCACACUGGAGCAUAUUAAAAACACCAUUUUAGUGUGAUAUUACAGUUUAGAAAAUCCACCUGUAAAUGUAAAAUUGGUCCCUGCUAUUAGACCUUUCUUGAAUUUAGGUCCACUGGACUUAAUUAUAGUCAUGUUCGUUUAAACUUGGAGUUUUUAUAAUUGUAUAUAUUUACCUGCAGUAUGCUAUUCUGAACAAGAAUGGACCAUACACAUCCUAUCUGAUAUUUUCAUUUCAUGUAAUCCAAGUAUGCAGUCUAGGGGUUUCCUGGACAAUAUUUGUAUGCAUUAUAGGAUCUUGACUUCGGUCAUGUAUACAUUUGUGAUCUUUGACUGAACUUUUAAAAUCAGUGUAGAGUAACAGUAAAUGGUAUUCAGUUGAGCUAUCCUACACUUUUUUUUUUUAACACAUUCAUACGUAGGCAAUUGCACAGUACUACUAAAUUCAGCACCAUGCCUUAACCAUUUAUAACUUCAAGCUCAUGAUUGCAUAUGCUUGCAGUAUAUACUCAUGUGUAGCGUGUGUUUUCUCAAACCGUAAUUCGAGUGUUUUGAGAAGUUUUAUUAAUGAAAUGUACUGUAGUAAGAAGGCAGUCCAACCUUAAUAGUUAAGAAUCUGAAAAUUUUCAAGAAAAUGUGUGAUGAAUUUUAACAUCAUUAGAUUUGAAAAGGUAAGCAUCUGUACUGAGACAUUGUAUAUUUAAUCACAUGUAAAUACUUGUUUCAGAUUGCUUUUGUAUAUAUGAACUUAUAGGGUUUUUUUAUACAGAACAAAUUAAAUCAAUUAAGAAAGAUCAAAGUUUCAGAUCACGUUGUCCGUUCUAAUCCUGGCAUUAGUGUACUGACACUUUAGAAGACAUCUGUGUUAAAUUCUGGUUUGAGUAACUGAAGUAGUUCCUUUUAGUGCCUUUGAACUCACAACUGGUAUUAAUCUCAGGGCUACAAAGCCUUUAAUAUAAGAGAGGACAGGAUGUGCGAGGGACUGGAACUGCAAAGCUGUGGAACGUGGCACCGGGACUGUUUUUCACACAGUAAAUUGCUGCUCUAGCUUCUUUGAGUGCGUAUGCUUCUUGCUGGGUUGAAAAUCUGAACCAUCACUUUCUUUGUCAAGAUCCACAUAAAUUCUUUAAUCUGAAUGUUUCUAGACUAAGCUGAGCACUGUGAGAUUUUAUGUCUACCAUCAUGCUAUUUGAGCAUUUUCUGUGUUAAGAGGUCAGGGAAUCUUGCUGAAUAAUGAUGGGCGAAUAAAGAAAACAGCUAGGAUUUAUAAGGAAUAGGCACAUCUCUUUAAAGAAGUUUCAUCUAAAAAGGCCAACAUAAGACAAAUGUCUUAAGGAGUGAGAGCACUGUGGAUUAAGACCUAAUAAGUGAAUUCAUGAAUUCAUCCUACAAUGCAUGUUAACACUUACCAAGGAGACAGUCGGACAGUCAGACUGUAUGGGCUUCGGAAGAAGUGAAAAUGGACACCUGGUAGCUUGGGCUGGGGUGAUCGUGCCUUGUUCUCUGCCCCUCAUUUCCAUCGCUGCUGGAUGGAAAAAGAAAACAUCUGGAAACACUAGUCAAAUACGUGGCAUAAAGAAGGAUAAAGAAAACAAAUAAAUAAAGAUCCCAAGUGCAGCAUUUAAACUAUGAGUUUAUGGAUCUCUGGGGGCUGCUUUUGGCCAAGGGGCAAUGGAAGGUGUCAGAGGCCCUCUCAUUAAAUGAAAGUCAGAUGAUGAGCUGAACACUUGAGUGUUCAGCUGUUUUUCACAUUUGUUGAAGAAUUCUACAUCAAGAGAUACUUCCAA